AUGAGUACAGACUAUUGGACAGGUAUCCAGCAAAUAGUUAAUGAUACUUAUCUACCAUACACUCCCUUCAGUUCUUCAUCUUCACUAAUUAAAAUUGCCUUUUCGCAAUGUGUCACCUUAUUAUUUAUGCUCCGAUUCUUCACACCAAAAAUUUCUAAAAAACACAGUCUAAUAACGCAUUCAAACACUAGUAGAAUAUUGUUUGAAAUGGCUUUAUGUAUUGCAAAUAAUGUUGGUUCUUUAUCCAUUAUCGCAUCGGCUGCAGACUCAAGAUAUUUUACUAUUGACUUGAAAUAUGCCCUUGCUAUUCAAGUAAUCAUCAUUUAUGUCUUGUUCAUCCUUGACGUAUUUGUUUUUGACACAAAUGGCGUCCAGCGUAAUAAGCAAGAAGAAGAGGAUAGUGUGGCGUUGUCUGAAGAAGAAAUUUGGUAUAAAUACCUACGCAACUUGAAUAAUGAUUUCCUCAAGAUUAUCCUCAGUUACAACUUCAUCAUGAUUACGAGUCUAGACGAAGGAUUGACGGUAAAAUUGGUAGACUUUGGAAUAAAAUUGUACUGUUUAUGGAUUAUGUUACGUUAUGAAUUCAAAAAAGAAGAGGAAAAAGAAAUGGUUUCCGACACAAGUGAAAAGGUGUGA